AAGUGGAACUUUCUUUGGCUGCGUUUUAUCAUGUUCCUAGAAUAUUACACUACACAGGGAGCGACUGUUAUGUUUCUGAAGUCAAGUCAAGCACGUCAUUCAUGUAAAAAUCUGGCACCAAUGUUUGGGAUACCAACACUUCCUUAGCAUGGUUCUAGCAAACAGCACGUAAGGUUGUGUUAGAUUAUGAAAAUCAAUCUUAUGAUUUAUGAACUGAUAUGGCAUUAACUUGUACCCUCACAUCCUUGACAACAUUGCUUUGCCUAUGUAUGUUUUGCGUGAAUGCAGCUACCAACAAAGAAAUUCUGCGAAUGGGGCAAUCCAUGGGAACCUCAGACACUGUUCUUUCCCGUGGCGGAAAAUUCGAACUGCGCUUUUUCUCCAGAACAAGAGAGAACUCCACCAUGUACUAUGUUGGCAUCAUAUGGAAAAAAAAGGUUCCAAACGACAAGAUUGUGUGGGUUGCUAAUAGAGACUACGCACUUCAAUCAUCCUCAGCGGUUCUUACAAUUCAACCUGAUGGAAAUAUGGUGAUCAUAGAUGGUCAAAUGAUGUACCGCGUGAACAAGGCUUCAAACAAUUUUGAUACCUAUGCCAUGCUUUUGGAUUCUGGAAACUUGCUACUAUUAAACACCUCAAAUCAAGCGAUUUUGUGGCAGAGUUUUGAUAAUCCCACGAAUACCCUUUUACCAGGAAUGAACCUAGGACAGGAUCCUCUCUUUGGUCACUCUUGGUCAUUGAUAUCAUGGAAAAGGGCAGAUGACCCUGCCCCAGGAGCUUUUUCCCUAGAAUAUGAUUCUACCAGUGACAGGGCGAGUCUAAUUGUCAACAAUGGUUCUAAUGUGCUCUGGAUUGAUGAUCAUUCAAAUGAUACUAUUAACAACGUUAUUAGCCGAAGUGAUGUGGUAUAUAACGCAGGUUAUUUCACUUGGCCAGUUGGUAAUGACUCUGUGCUGGUGCUAGAAGUGUCUGGGGAGAUCAACCAGGAGUAUUGGUCAGAAGAAGAAACACGUUGGAAGUCUAAGCAGUCAUCCAAGUGUGGAACCAACAAUUCAUGUGGAGCUUUUUCCAUUUGUGACCCGCAAGCUCUUCACCCUUGUGUCUGUCUCCCUGGUUUCGAGCCACAUGAUGCUGAUUCUUGGAGGAUGGGGGACACAUCCGCUGGCUGUGUCAGGAAAGUACAACUGUCCUGCAGCGGGGAUGGAUUCUCCCAGUUAAAUGAAGUUCAAUUACCACAAACUUUCGACGGAUACAGCCAGCAAAAGAUUGGUUCAGCAAGAUUGUGUGAAACAAUUUGCUUCACAAAGUGUUCCUGUGUUGCCUAUGCUUACGAUUUUAGAGGUAUCUGCCAGUUGUGGCUUGGUCCAGUAUCGAGUCUAAAGAACAUCUCAACAUAUGUGUACAAUUCUGAUAAUCCCAAUCCAGUUUUUAACCUAAGACUUGCUGCCUCAGAAUUUAUUAAUGCUGAUUCAAACGCAAGAAAUGGAAAAGAAAAUGAUUUUCGCAAGCAUGAAAAUGGGCUGCGGAAUAUCCUUUUAAUUGUUAUACUGGUCUUAUUUCUAUCAUUUCUUGUAUUGGGCCUAUUCGUUUACUGGACUAGAAAGCAAAGGAAUAAAGGGGAAGACUUGCUACAUUUUGAUGCAAGCAUGAGCAUGAAAGCCGAAAGUUCUGAUCUUACUGAAGGACAAAGGGGUGCGAAAGUUGAAAAGAAGGAAGUCAAAUUGCCAUUGUUCAGUUUUGUGAGUGUUGCAGCAGCAACUGAUAAUUUUUCAGAUGCAAAUAAACUUGGUGAGGGUGGCUUUGGACCUGUUUACAAGGGUGUAUUAUUGAAUGGGGAUGAGGUUGCUGUGAAAAGGCUAUCGCGAAGAUCUGGUCAAGGAUGGGAAGAGCUGAGAAAUGAAGCCUUAUUAAUUGCAAAGCUCCAACACAACAAUCUUGUUAGACUUCUUGGCUGCUGCAUUGAUCGAGAUGAAAAGAUAUUGAUUUAUGAAUUUAUGCCUAACAAAAGCUUGGAUGUUUUUCUUUUUGAUGCAACAAAAAGAAGGAUGCUAGAUUGGGGAACCCGAGUUAGGAUAAUUGAUGGGAUUGCCCAAGGAAUCCUUUAUCUUCAUCAGUAUUCCAGGUUUAGGAUCAUUCACCGGGAUUUAAAAGCUAGCAACAUAUUGUUAGACACCAACAUGAAUCCUAAAAUAUCAGAUUUUGGAAUGGCAAGAAUAUUUGGUGAGAAUGAACUUCAAGCAAAUACAAACCGAAUAGUUGGAACUUAUGGCUACAUGUCCCCUGAAUAUGCUAUGGAAGGGCUUUUCUCCAUAAAAUCGGACGUGUUUAGCUUUGGGGUCCUUCUGUUGGAGAUUGUGAGUGGCAAGAAGAAUACUGGCCUUUAUCAAACAAAUUCCUUCAAUCUUCUUGGAUAUGCUUGGGAUCUAUGGACAAGAAAUUCUGGAAUGGACUUAAUGGAUCCUUCACUGGAUGAUAGUGAUACUGCUAGUUGUAGUAAGCAUACAGUGCCAAGAUAUGUGAACAUAGGACUUCUCUGCGUUCAAGAAAGUCCAUCAGAAAGGCCAACCAUGUCUGAUGUUGUGUCAAUGAUUGGGAAUGACACUGUGGCUCUUCCUUCUCCUAAACCACCUGCAUUUCUAAAUGUGAGAGGUAAUGAAAAAUCAACAUUGCCAUGUAGCACGUCAGAAAGCUUUUCUGUGAAUGUUAUCACAGAUUCAAUAGUGGAAGCAAGAUGAGUGACUAAUAGAAUGAGACCGUUCUCAUUGUAAGAUAAGUUUGUAACUUGUUUCUAUUUAAUGUUUACUACGUUAAUGCUUCUAUCCCCCUUUUCCUCUUUCUGUAUUUAUCAUGUGUAAUGAAGUUAAGAAAACCUGAGUUUGAUUCCAACAGUUAAUAACUUGAUAUGAAUGUCAAAAAUAUUCCUUUGAAUGAU